AUCCUUACUGUGGCCGUUAGCAGUAAACUCAGCUUAACGGAAGGUUAUCAGUGCCCUCUUGAGUCACCUGGGAAACCGACCACUCCGCCACAUACGAGCGGCUACCUCGUCAGAAUUCACAGUUGUAAUCAGAAUCAGACCACGUGUAUGGCGUCUGGCAACGGACAUUACAAUUCACCUAACACCAGUAAGUGAGACAGCGAAUUCUAGAGCUGUUACCAUUAUUUUAAAAGUAAAUAGAGUUUUCUAUCCUGAUCCGAACGCGAGACGCGGUCGAGUAAGUUAAAACCAGCAGUGAUAAAAUACGAAACUGCAAGUUUAUUAAACAGCUUGAUCAAGUUGGGCUGCAUAAUGUAGAUGUAUCCAUUUUUGUGGAAUAAUUAUUAUUAGGUUUUGAUAAGUUCACCACAAAAGUUAGGAGCUAAAAUUAGACAACAAUUGUGUUCUAUCAUGUUUAAAGAGACUGAUUUCAACACUGGCCAACUCUUUUGGUACUCAUCAUCAAUUCUAAUUUACUCUUGGAAGUUAGGAAGAAAGCGAGAGAGGGUAACAUUACAAAACUGAUAGGCUUGGAGUUAUAUCCUCAUCAUCUUAUCAAGUUCUUGAUAUUCUAUAAAAUUUCUCAACUGAAAACAUUAUGCACAUUACCAUAAACUAGGCUAAAAAAUAUUGGGGUUGUCCAUAACCCUGCUUCAGUUAUCAGGUACAUGUAUAGCAUCGCAACGGGCCAGAGGCAAAAACUACACAUACCAUAGAUAACGAAUGCAUAUUGAAAUCUGUAAGGAUCAGCAAGAAAUAUAUCGUACGCAUUUCAUUUAAUUUCCAGGGAUGUGGCAAAAAUGAAAGCUUCCUAGAGAAAAUACUCAGAGUAUUUGUUCAGCAAACGGAUGUAAUUUUAGGUGACUGUCUCAUUUCACUCCCGCAAGUAGCUUCUGAUUCAUGUAAAAAUUAUGUACUUUUAAUGGAAGGUAAGGCUGGUCGGAAAAGUUAUCGAUGGGUAUAAUUUAUUUUCCCAACAUACCGUUUCGGCAAAACUAACCUUCGUUACAUGCAAUUUCAAGAACCCUGUCUCUUUACUCAUUACUAUUUGGCUUCAAAACAAAAAAGCAAAUGACUGACCGCAACAAGAAUUUUCAGGUUUUUAAAUUCCUGGAAAAGACAAUAAAAAAAUCCUCCAAUUUUAAGCUUUCUUUCUUUUUGUUUUUGAAGAACUCACCAUGCUGAGAGUGGGCAAUGGGACUCCUCUUGUGGUUUGUUUUCAAAUAAAAUACAAUGGAUCGAACUUUGCCUUGAAAGUCAUCUCACCUAAUCAAGUAGUUUUCCAGGUAAGUGAUGAUGAAUGUUAGUAAUAAUGAUGGAAACUUUAUUUGUCUUUUUGAAUGUAUAAAAGUAAAUCUCGCUACGUAUAGGCAAUUAAGGCUAUACCAAUUCCUAUUUCAAACUUCAAAGAUGUACUAAUGGAUUGCUCUAAUAGCUAUAUUUAUUAUUUUUCUUUUUCUUUUGUCAUUCAUAAUGUCUAAGAACGUGGAGUAUUCGUUGGAGAAAACUAAAUGGAACCUCAUGGAGAGUGAUGAAGAUGAUAAUAAUAAAGAUAACGAUGAUAAUUAUAGUAAUCAACUUUAUUAAUUGCUGUCGAUAUCUUAAUUUGAAAGAAGGAAGCACUUUGUAGACUACAAUAAAAUUUAACCACAAAUUCCUUUUACUAAUUUGGUUUCAGAAACUAAUGCCAGGCAAAGACUGCAAGAGUAGCCCUGCAAAUAAGUUCGAAAGGAAAGUCAAACGGGACGAGAGAGUCGACCCAACCGGUUGGAAUCCCUUCCAGCUCAUCAGUCAAAAAUCUGGUUUACCCGAUGAUGCUAAAUUCCUGGCUGUAAAUUGGAAGCACCCUAACGGUUCGGAUCCUUUAUUUUUAACAAACGUAAACAAUAUACAAAAUAGGUUUAUAUGUGCAUGA